AAUUCGGCAUAUGAAUAAGAAAUAUCAUAUUGGAAUAAGGGUGUAAUAAUAAUACGUUUCUGGUGUAAACGAAGCUUUGUUUGAAGUGGUGACGGUGGCUGGAGGUGACCGGAUUUGCGCCAUGGAUUUACUUCGUUGCGUAAAACUACAUUGACCAGAAAGAGGUGCGCGAGCUGCUUUACCGCUGCUGACGUAACUUUAGGUGAUAAUGGAGAGCCUUCACCAGGAGCAGGCCUCCAACACAGGCAAUGGGCUCAGGAUGUCCAUCCUCCGGAGGAAUGCCUCUUCCCUGUUGCCAGAAAUAUGUUCCAACUCCUCAUUUUAUAAAAUCACGGAUGAGACUUUUCCCUACAUGUCAGGAAUUUUCGAUGAGACUAUGGAGCCUUCUUUCAUGUCAAAUGGACCAGUAGCAACCACAGAUUUGCCUGAUCAGGUACAGUUAAAGACAUUGGCAAAAACUCAAGAUGAGGUCAUUUCAGAUGUUGGAAUUGAAGCAAAGGCUGCAUACAGCAGCUGGCUCAGUACAUCAGUGGAGAAGGGUCAAUCGAUAGAUUUUAGCAUGUCCAUUGCAUCAGCAAAAGAUGACCAUGAAGAUAUUAGUAAUAUAACUAAAUCUGAUCUGAAGGCAGAUAAAUCUGAUGUCGGCUGUCAUUUCUUGGAGUCUGCUGAUUGUACGGAAAAAUGUGGGAUAGAUUCAAAUAAUGGUACUUUUGAUCUGGCUAAAGACCUUAAAGAGAGGUUUUCUGGAUUGAAUUUGACUAAACCUGUUCAAAAUGAAACAACAGGAUCAAGCAACACUACUUUUGAAAAGUCAGAACCUCAUCAAGAAAAGUCUUCUGGACUUAGUUGUACUAUUUCUAAUGAUGACGCAAGUGUCGAAGACAAAAUUUUAAAUGAAAAACACUUAAACUCCACUGUUGAUGUUUGUGCCCCCUUAAACUCUACGACAGAGCAGCCAAACCAGAAGCUGAAUGGAACCGUAGAUAUUACUCAGUCAGAUGGAUCUAAACAAGAGCAGAGUAAUGAAGCGUGUGUAUGUCGCAUGGACUGUGAGAAGCAAAGCACUUUUACAAAGGCUGCAAAGGUGACCAAUGAUACUGUUGAUAUGACUGAUGGUGUUCCCAUUGAAGUUGUUCAGACAGGUUCUGUCAAUGUGGAACCAAUUGAAGGAACAUUUACUAAACACAAUACAACCACUGACCUCACGCCUUCACAGCCUGUUCCUGACUUUACUGUGGAUAUGAUUAAAAACCCGAACACAGAAUCACCAGUGAAGUCCAGUACCACGUGUGGUGUGACUGUGAAAGACACACCUGUAUCUAAACAAUCUGAACCUCCAGUUAAUACCACCGCACCAGUAAGGGUUGAUCUGUCCAUUUGCUCUGACAAAACUGUAGAUCUUCCUGAGACUGAUUGUAAAGAUGGACAACAGGAGCUGUUUGGGAGAAGAAAUGGAAUCUCUGAUGGUGAAGGUUAUCACAACUUGGACAUUAGCCAAAGUAGUAUGUUUUCACUGGAUGAGAUGUUGGACUUGAAACCAUGUCCCCUUGUUGCAUCCACACCUAUUGUUCUGGGAAGAGGCUUUGACAGACUGCAAUCUGCAAAGCCCACUAAUAUACAAAAACAGCUCUCUGUAAUCAACAGUAUUAACGCUCAUUUGAAUGAUGACACGGCUGGUGUUAGUGAGCACGAAGGAUCUGCUUCAUCAAAGACAAAUCCGUUGUCUGUCAAGUCUGACGCCUGCAGUCAAACAGCAAAUUGCACAUCGAAUUCCACGACAUCCGAAGCAGCGGUUGUGAACAAACCCCCUUCAAAACCUGCAGUGAGAAGGAAAAUUCCUCAGCCUUCAUUUAAAUCCAAUAUUCCCAAGACCCAGCUUCCUGUAAGGCCAACCACCUUGCAGCUACCAUCAGCAGGAGUUAAACCAAAGACUGCAGCAGCAGCAGCACAAACUGCAAAUCAGCCAGAGACAUCCUCAUCUGCUCUGCACAGCACGAGGAGGACGGUGCAGCUCAAUAAAGGGAAACCUCCUGCUUCUGCAAAGAACCCUUCCAUACCUUCCACAGUAAAGUCUUCAGCUGUGGCUACCUCCAGCACCACGUGUAAUCUGACUGCAGAUAAAAAGGCUCUAAAUACUUGUCUGACCUUGCCCAAACCCUCUGGUUUGCAACCCUAUGGUCGAGGAAGAUUUGGUCUUAAGCCACCUGGGAGUGCUGUUCCCUCAGAAGCAACUGGUCAUGCUCAGACCAUCAACAAACCAACUGGUUUAUCUGGUAUUAGGACCAGGAAUUCCCUGCUUCCAGGUUUUUCCCAAAAGCAUGCAAGCAAUGAUGCCUUGCCAUUGGCCAAAAGGAAGAAAACUGAUCUGCAGAACCAGCCCAGCUGUGCUGAAGCUCCCACAGGCUCAGAGGCAGGGGAAGGUGUUCAGAAGAAUUUAACUCCUCUUACAGAUAUUACAUCAAAGAUACCCAACACUGGUACAAAUUGUGGAAAUUGUCUACUUCUUCAAGAGAAAUUACAGACAUUUCAUAAGGAAUUGGGGGGAUUUCUUCAAGAACUUGGUCAACUACCAGAUUGUAAAAAGUGGGUCUUGCUUCAACAAAACUUGCAGUCAUAUUUAGAGGAGGUUAAGAAUUUACGAACAGAUCAUCAUUAGGGAAGAGGAACACGUCUGAUCUACAGACUUUAAGUAUUUUGUAUAAUAAACUUGAAUAUUAUUGUUAAUAAAAUAAUAAAUUAAUUAUUUUCCACAUAUUGUCUUUUUUUAAUAAAAGAAGUUAACAAUUUUGAUGA